CCUAACUUGCAAGGUAAUGCCCACAUCCCAAUGAACACAUCCCGAACGUCACGAAACAAGGGGCUUGAAGUAGCGAAGUUGCAAGUGAUGGAGCUAGUUCAGCGGCACGCUGUGGACUGAUCGGGCGAGUCAGUUCCGCGCGAGACAGUCCGGCGAAGCGAGCAAUCGGAAGGAGCUGCAUGACGGUGAACAAGUCGUGGGGGGGGGGGGGGGGUAGUGCCACAGCCAAAGGGGCACCCGUCAUUACCCCUCCGAGUUUUUAUAAAUUAUGUGUUUUUUUCACUGCGAAUUUAACAUGCGAGGAAUCUACAUAAAGCCUCUGGAAUUUUCCAGUCUUUGCAGUCUCCAAAACUGGAAGAAGGCUUUUGUAUUGUAGGCAGCAGCAGCUCAUGCACCUUCACGAGUGUUUCCAGGUUUCCCAUCUAGGAUUCUCGCGUGGAACUCCUGUAAGAUUGUCUUCGAGGAUUCGGAUUUGGGAGGAUAGAGACGUGCAGUGAAUGGUUGUCUAAUUUCGUCGUUGAGCUAGGUCAUCUGUGCAAGAGGUGGGGCGGGGUCGAGAGAUAGAAAGCUCGGCAACAAGAUCUCAUUGUUUUGUGGUCUGGUCUGGUAGCGAGGGAAUGAGUCUUGGUCGGCUUGACCUGGCCGGUAUGGCUUGUCGAUAACUUGGCCCGUGUUUCUAGUUGAAGCUGUUGCCUCAGACAACGUCCAGUUUUCGUUCUCGAAGACGCGUACGUGGUUUGGAUAUCAUUCACAGUUGUUGUUGUUGUGGUCGUGGAGAGGGUUAGAUAGGGUGGUGAUGUGAUUAGCGUGAAUUCCAUUUGGUUAGGAUAAGUGAUGAUGCGAUGCACUGGCAGUGUAUGACUUGCUCGGCCGUCUCCGGGGCUGCCCUCACUUUUGUGGUUGAUUAUCACGACGUUUGGCUCAAAACUUUCAGAGUCCCGGGUGUUUCUUCACCGUCUCUGCUCUGCUACACAAAGUAAAUGUGGAGAAGGAAGUCUCAGGUGAAGUUAGAAGCGAGUCGUAUUGUCGAUGCUAUAAGAGUGAUCACGGACGUGGCGAGGCAAUUAAGAACUUGUGGCUUGUUAAUUAUUCGGUUGCAGGUUGUGGUUGUGAGAUUAGCGGAAUAGGGAAUCAGGUUGGGAGAUCGACAAUAGGGGGGGAAGUAACGGAGCCAUAGAUGGCCGCGCACCCCGUGCCGUCCCAUGCGCACAAUGCAGCAGAUCUGUCCGCGGUACUGACGAACACCAACACAACGUUGCGAAACGCCAGUUUGCUGUCUGCGCUAGUGCACAAAACACAGCAAUUACCGCCCAUUUUCGUCGAAGCCGAAGGCCAGCGGCCUGUGCUAGAGAUGGGCAGCCCCCCGCUCGCGUCCACCCAUGUAAUUCCCAUCGUGGACAUGUCGCUCCUGAGCUCCUCCGACCCUGCGGUGCGAGCCUCUCUUGUGGAAGAAAUCGUGGCGGCGUGUGAGAAAUAUGGCUUCUUCCAGGUGGUGAAUCAUGGCGUGAGUGAGAACCUGAUUCUCAGGUGCGAGACGGAGGCGCACAAGAUGUUUGAGCUUCCUCUGGAAGUCAAAGAGCGUGUCCAUCGCCCGCCUGGCACUUCUUUUGGCUACGGAGCCAACACUUGGGUGAACCAAACGGUCAUGCACUGGGCUGAGAGCUUCCACAUGCAACUGCAUCCCAAAUCUAAUAUCCGGGAAUUCUCCCGGAAGCUCUUCACCGAAAGCGACUAUACUAUAUUCAGUUCGACUGUGGAAAAGUACAUGGGACAAAUUGAGAAACUAGGCAGGCAUCUUGUAGAACUUCUCACGGAAGGAUUAGGUUUGGAGCCGACGCGGUUCAAUCACUACGUGGAGAACGAGUGCAUGAUGUCAAUGCGAUUCAACCUGUAUCCUCCAUGCCCCCAGCCUGAGCUUGCAAUCGGCUUGCGCGCUCAUACCGACCCUCAUCUCCUCACUAUCCUCCACCAAGACGAGAUUGCUGGACUCCAAGUACAAAUAGACGAGGAGUGGAUCACUGUCAAUCCUCGCCCCGACUGCUUCGUCGUAAACAUUGGAGAUCUCUUUCAGGUCUUGAGUAAUACUCGGUAUAAAAGUGUUCUUCACAGAGCUGUGGUGAACGGCACGUCCAAGCGCCUCUCGCUGGCCUGUUUUUUGAAUCCUCCUUUGAAUGCAACUGUGGAACCCCCUCCGGAGCUCAUCACCACAGAGCGGCCACCAGUGUACCGUCCCUUCACUUGGGGGGAGUAUCUGGCCAACGCUUACAAUUUCCACCCCGCUAAUGGAGGAGAGCGUCACGAACGGUUUUUUUUGGAGAAAUCAUGACUCGCUCUCCUGUACCACGAGCUCCUCGGUUGCGCUUUGCAACAUCCGGCAUUUCUUCUCGCAGCUUCACAUCAUACAUGCCCCAAUUACAAAUACGAAACAGCACAGGAAAAAAGAAAAAAAGGUUGGAAAUACUGCAGAAACCGUCAGGAUGGUUGUAAUGCUGCAUCGAUGUCAAUGACUUGAAACCGAUCCAUUCAUUCAAAAUUGACUGGGAUUUAGUUGGAAUGAACCAUUUAAAACUUUGCAGAAGAAAAAUACAUACACACAUACAAACACACAUUAACGUUGGGAAACUACAUUUGCUCUGAAGAGGAAGUCAAAGUGUCUGAAGAUGGAGAGUGGCGAUCCACCAUCUCACAGAAUUGGAGCCUGGCUGGAGCUCAAUACUUGUGGCAACUCUAAAGCGUUGAACCAGGAAGUCGGAGCCCACGGCAAUUUUGCAAGUGCUGCUGAAGAUCAGGGCGCUUGGGAUAAACUAAAGUAAGUAGAUGAGCACAAGGGGAGGGCUUCAUUUUGACGCUAACUGAAUUGAUCGGCUGGAUUGUUUGUAUACUAGUAGAAUUGCUGAGACCUCUUUCCGAGGCCAAGGAUUCAUUGGAAGUUAAAUCAUCUGCCAACAACUUAUUUUUCUUUGUAAAUACCAAUUCAAGCGUGCAAGCAGUUGCUGACAUAUGCGUUGGUGCUCCUUCUGCCUGCUGUCCCUUCCAUUUUUUUGAAUAAAGACUGCCCCCCGCCCCUAGAAA